AUGGAGGUGGCUCGAGCCGCCACGUCAGCGACAGCGAAGAAGAAGAGGAAGAUCAACACGAACGGAGAAUCCGUCGAAUUGCCGUCUUCGUAUGCGCAGCUGAAGAAGCCGAGACGACUCGUCGUAAGUGGCGCGUCGAAAAUUGCGGCGGCGGAGGGUGUGCGGGAAGCCGAGGACGACGACGUUUCGACGUCGGAUCACGACGAGACCUCCUGUUGCUCGAGUAACGGCUCGAGUGAGCUGGUGCAUGAUGGAGACAUAAAAUUCGUAGAUCUGAAGAAGGAGAGUGAACAGGUUGGGUCGUGGAAGUAUAAUUCAAGCAGAGAAAGGAGAGAGAUGACGGCGCCUACGAGCGGGAUUCAAGCCGCAGCAGAAUUCGAGGAAGUAGAAUCCACAGUGACCGUGAGGUCGAAGGACGCCGACUCUCGACGAAGAUCAGCACCACCUAUCGAGUCAGAGCUUGAAGAAUUCUUCGCAGCCGCCGAGAAAAACAUCCAAAAACAAUUUAUGGAAAGGUAUAAUUAUGAUAUUGCCAAGGACGAGCCGGUGGAAGGACGGUACGAGUGGCAAGCUGUAGCUCUUAAAUUAGUUAAUUUAGAAGCAGAAGAAGAAUCUGAUGGAGGAGAUGGGGAGUUUUGUUUCUGCGAGUACGAUCGAGAGAGUAUCGAAGAGAACAAGAACACAAAGCUUCUAGAAUUCUACUCUCUCUUCUUCUUCACAUUUGGUGUCUCAUUCUCUCUUCAAUUUGGCCUAUCUAUCAAUCUAUCUGCUACUGUCAACUGUUUCUUUCCUUGUGUGUACCAACAACACUACGUGCCGAUGCAGUCGAUAAUUUUCAGUAUUUUUCGGCGUCAAUUGCCUUAA